AUGUGCAAGGCUUCAGAGGCCAAUGGCAACACAUUGCCUUUAGAGUCACAGGAAUUACUGCCAGAAAACGCUGGCUUAGGGAAGCGGAAGGGUUUAAAGGCUGCUUUACUCGGGGUGACCUUUAUUGACCUAUUACACCUAACAGAGACUGACGUGAAAACCGGUUCUUACCUAUUCGUGGUCUCUGGUCUGGGGUCUAUUCUGGGGUCCGUAGUGGCAGGCUUCCUAUGUGAUAGGGGCUAUGCGGAUGUCACCCUCACCACGAGCCUAUUAAUCACAGGCGUUUUUGGUGCCCUAAUACCAUGGCCAACCUCAUUUGCCUUGCUUUUGUCGGUGAAUUUUGUUACUUCCGUUGGCAUGGGAUUCACAGAAACAGUGGUCCCAUUCCUGGUGGUUCAACAGUGGUUUGAGGACCACGCCGCCUACAACCAACUGGUCUAUUUCUGUUUCUCCGUCGGUGGUAUCUUGGGUCCAGUCAUCGCAGAACCGUUCCUAAACCCGCUAUCGACGACAUCGAUGUUGGUCAAUAAUGUGUCAUCUGCACACCUCAACCCGGGUAAUCCUACUUCCGAGGUCAAAGUGACUGACGAUGGUGUACAGACUAAGGAUGUGGGCCUUAUCUACAUGCCAUUUCUCAUUUUUGGAGCUAUCGCCUUGUUUUCGGCGGCACUUUCGAAGACAGCCUCUUGUGCUAACAAACACCGGUACAAGACCGGAACGAAUUCCGAGGAGAGGGAAAAUAAUAACCUCCAGUCCGAUUCAAGGGAACUCUGGAGUUACCCGCUGUUUGUCUUCCUUGCAUUUGUGGCAGUGUUUUUCGCACUUUUCUACGGCGUGGAGGAUGGCAUUCAAAACUACGUAACAACCAUUUUGGUGCACAGCAUGGACUGGUCAAAGUCUGAUGGCGCCAAAGCUACUACCGUGUUCUGGAAAGAAUAA